AUGACGAAGUCGCGCGGCUCCAAGGCGCACCUCGUUCACCACCCGUCCACUGCUAACAGGAGAAAAGCCGUCUUGCCCUGGAGGACGUCGUCGAUCAACAGCAACAAAGCUGAAGCCAUGACGUCCGUGGCAGCAGAGUUGAUUAACCAGGAAGAGCCGACAUCCCGGAGGCAAUCCGCGCUGUUAGCCACAGCCAGAGAGAAAGAGCCCACAGUUGUGGAGGCGGACUCCUUGGACACUAACAUUCCCAACAGUAAUGACACCGUGAGCGCUCUUCACCAGGUUUCCGACGCAGACCAUGAGCCAGAGUUGCUAUGCCCACCGAUUAUGACGAUUGAAGUGUGUGAACCCCCAAGUGCAAGCAACAGGAAGACGAUCCGUAUCUUCUUGCUGCUCGGUGGUGACCACGAUGGAGCCAUUUGCUGCACCAUCUCCCUCGUGUUUGCGACCAAAGAAAUCACCGAAAGCGAGGGGAUAUUCUACGCGACAGCACCAAACGAGACGACACGAACGAAGCCCGUGUUGCCGACUCAAAAGACUUUGGCCACCGCGCUACGUAUGCUGAAGAAGUGCGUGAUAACCAGAAUGGAGCGCGGUUUCGAGCAGCGUCCUGCUGGCCAACUCAUUGUCGUGGUUAAAAUGCUGCAAGAUCUGAACGAACGACAACCGCACUACAGCACCCCCGUUAUCAAGACGUCGCGGGACACUGCAUUCCACUGGAAUUUGAACAAUUCAGCGCUCAAGACACUGACGCAAAACCAGGUUAACCAGCUCUACGGGUUGUUCAAGUUCUACGACUCCUCCGCAGUUGGAGACGACCUGCCCUCAAUUAACUGCGCCCGACUCGUCGAAAUCCUCCGCGACGCCCGAUUGAUAAACGAAAGCAGCAGCAGCGGUACUAACGUUUGCUCCGUGAUGCCGUCAACUAGGGGCCUCCAAGUCGACAGUGUCGAGCGCAUUUUCGCUCAGGCAGUCAUGGGCAAGAUGCGCGUGUAUUUGGACGCGGACGGCCAACCUGCGUUCACGUUCCCUCUAUUCUGCGGCGCGCUCAUGAACUGUGCAAUGCUGUUAACUCCACUGUCACACCCUGAGGCUGCACUUCGUCAAAUUCUCCCCAUUCUCCUUGAGGGCUCAAUCGUAAAUGGGCAUCACGUCUCCGCCGACAAAGGGAUCCUUGGGCUCUUUCCUAAAGACGGCGCGAUCUCGAUGUGGACGCCUGGCCAGUUGCAGGAUCCGCAUCAAUCGACCGACGACUUUCGAGAAUCGACACCAUUCCAGCAAGUGAUAGCAGACUGUACACGCGAUAAGGCUCUGGAGGAGCUGAAGCAGGAGAAGCUGACGAGGUGCUAUCAUAUUCCUGAUCGCCUGCUUGCAAGCUUCCACCGAGACACGAUCGCGCUCGUUUCCGACAAGUUCCGCACCUUUGACGUGUUUGAUCGCGGUACUUUGCCGCGGCAGGAAGUCUUCCCCCUACUUUCGAGUGUGGGCAGACGCGCAGACCUCCCCGAUCCAUACGCAGUUCUGGCAAAUCUGUCUGCGUCAAAUGGCCCUUCGUCGGAGAUGAGUGGUGGCGGCGGUGAAUUGACACUGGUACAGCUGCUCCAAGCCAUUGAAGCGACCCGAGACUCGAAGCUGCAUUCAAUCACAGCUCGACUCGGCGCAAUGAAGGUGAACAACCACCCACGCGUGGACCCAGCGGCUGAAGACGAAUCUGCUUUGGAUGGACAUUUGCCUCCCGCCAUCAAGGAAACUGCGGACGACGAUACUGACCAUGAUCACACCGCAAGCUCCACUCACCACCAUGGCAAUGCCGGUGGCUCCAUCAGCAAAGAGCGGAAAAAGUUGGGAGUGCCUCGCUCAAAGUCUCGACGGUCUAUGCUAUCGCAGCCAGGUCCGGGAGGCAGUUCGUCCAGCUCCUCGAGUCACUCGCUGAUAGGUAGUAAGCACCGCGGCGGGUCUAAGAACCGCCUCGCUCAUCACGCCUCCACCUCAGGCAAGAAGAAGAUAGAGCUGCGACGAAAGUCGUCGACAAAAGGCCGCAUUCUCGGCAUUGCGACUACCGACUCGGAGAGCCAUGGAUCGGUGAUGCAGUCGAUGGAGUCAGGCUCGCACUCCCAUCGCUCGAACAACUCCGACAGCUCCGAUUAUCAGGAGACGGCGGGCUCCUUCACUCCUCGUAGUGAUGACUUCAGUACCGAUCGGCGCAACAGCAGGUACUUCGAGCACAAUGGACACGUGAGCACAGCGGCGACUCACGUGCAUGAACCAUCGAGCAACAGCAAGACACUUCGCAUCUUCUUGCUGCUGGGCGGGGACCACGACGGCGCCAUUUGCUGCACGCUUUCGUUGAAGCUUGCAACCCGCGAAAUUGUGGAGAGCGAGGGGACUUACUACUCAGCCGCACCGAGCGAAAUCACGCGACUGAUGCCCGUGCUGCCCACGCAAAACAGUCUCACCAACGCGCUGCUGCUGCUCAAGAAGUGCGUGUCGAUCAAACAGGAACGCGGCUUUGAGCUCCGCCCCGCUAAUCAACUGGCUGUCGUGGAUGACAUGCUGCUUAAGCUCAAAAACCGAGAGCCACGCUUCAGCAUCGCUCUGAAGCCCGGGCCCAGAGCAUCACUUGCCGCCGCGUCAACGGUAAAUCUGAGUCCAGCUAAUCCAGCAAACACCACGAAGGCGGAGGAGGAGGAGGGAGGAAUAUUGACUUCGUCCUCUUUGGACUUGAUUCCUGCUUUGAAGAUUGAAUCCCGCCCAAUUUUGUCAUCCCCGCCACGGCAGCAGAAACCUCUCUCUCUUCCCAAGCCUGCGUACAAGCAUCAAUUCGAACUUCCGAGCAACUACAGAGAUAUAGUCGCAUCGUGGGAGGUCUCCAAAAGCGACGAAUAUGCAUGGGUCCACGCUGUAAACGCCGCGUCGCCACUGAAGCCGGCUUCACCGCUCCGCACCAAAACAAAACCCCAUCGAAGUGGCCACCUCAGUCCGCUUCGACUUCCGCAUAGACACGACUAUUAG